AGAAGGACAUGUGCAUGUGGUCUCAUAUGUGCAAUACUGCAGGGCGUAUUAACCUUGCAGUCAAUACAGCACACCUUUGACACGAUGACUUCACAUCAUCAGAUUACACUAACGCUGUAUAGAAUUCGCAAAACCUGCAGCAAAACAGUUAGCUCGCUGGAAUCAACCAGCAAGUAAGGAAUCAUAUUUGGAACGUUGGGAGGAAGGAAGUGUUAUCGUAUUAAACCGACUCACAUAAAAAAAGUCACCACCUGCAAACUCGCUCAACUAAGUCGAUUUGCAGCUCCGAUUGAAACCAAGACGCAAAGGGUAUCAGACAGACCACAACUUUCUCAGGGAAAGUUGGAGAUAGAUUGCUUGUCUAUAACCAAACCUAUUAAGCCGGUUACCAUGGGAACCACGAUGAGUUCAGUGGGCUUGGCGAAUAAGCCACCCGCAUUGCCACCGGUAAAACAAAAUAACACUGCGGUAAUCGCCACCGCGCAAUCUCCACCGGACUACAAGUUUGAACACUUUACCAAACUUUGUCAGCAUUAUCAAGAACAAAAGAAAAUAUUGCAGGUGCAAAUCCGGACAGAGGUUCAUAAUUGGAAAAAGGUGGCGGAGAAUGGUGAUGAAGGGACUGAAUGUCGUGAAAAGAUCCUGGGCUUACUGAGCCAGUUUCGCGAGGCACAGAAACAACAAGACAUGUUAAUUGAGAAAGAAAAGCUUAGGUUGGAUGCGUUUAGAAACUGUAUCAAUGAAGACACCACGAACAGGAUAAAAAAACGAUUAACAUUCUUCCAGAAACUAAACAAACAACACGAGGCAUUGUUGGAGCAUAUCCGACAGGAUAUUCAAGAAUGUAGAAUGAUUUGUAAAAGAUUCAAUGAUUCGAGUGGAAGGUCUAAAGGGUUUGAGACUUGGAUAAAAUGUCCAGCCAGCCCAGCUUACGAUUACGGUAGUAUUGGAAGCUUAUGAGUCUUUGAAGGUAGGAAAGAAAACCAUUGUUCCUGUGGUUCUUCAGUCCACUCAUCAAUCGAGAGGGAGAAGCGGGAAAUCAACAGGUUCAAAUAAUGUCUCUGAACAUGAGCACAGGAUGGAUCAGCUCAAAAUCAACAAGAGCAAAGCCUCGAAAAGGAUUAUGAGACAGUGGUGACAACAUUGUAAUAGAAAUAAAGUAAAUCAAUUGAAAACACAGUGAUAGAUCGAGGUGGAACAAUUAUCCACAGACUGUUAGCCCUAAGUGACAUUC